CUCGAAAAAGGCCAGUUGGCAUCGUACUCGGCGACGAGCAAGACGACGAUGGACAUGGUAGACGCGACGAUGGAGCGCCUCCACGCGCUCAAACUCACGAGCGACAUGGCGCUCUCGAGGAAGGGCCAGGAACUACACGACCAAGCCGCUGCGCUGCAUGUGCGUGAGCAGUACGAGAACAUGGUCGUCGAGCAAACGAAGCGGUCGCAGCUGGCGCUCCAGGAGAACGCACAGCUCCGCUCGAUGCUUGCGACGAUGGAGCAGCAAAACCAAGUACUUCGACAAACUGUGCAUGCACUCGAAGAAUACCGCGAGAAGCACGACGUGCAGGUCGUGCACAUCCAGCAGCUCCAAGACGAGAUCAAGCGACUUCAGCAAGCCAACUUUUCGCUUAAGUUUUAUCUUCAGCAAUCGGACCAUACAAUACACGGUGCGUUCCCGCCGCAACCACCUGACGUAUAUUAACUAGCCUGUAAUGUUUUCUUCAUAAACUUUUAUGCCCAUUGCUCGACGGUUUUGCGCUGGAGCUAACAGUC